AUGACUUGCUGGGAACUACACCACGUUUGGCCACAGAUUCUUUCCUCUGUGAUCUCAAUAUUAGCCAGCAAACAGUACGCAAAGGUGUCGUUUGUGGAACUCAGCAGUGUGCUGAUAGGCACUGGCAACUCUGGCUCCAGUACUGUGACAAACUUGGCCUUGACCCCCUCCUCCACGUCCCUGACUCCGUUCGAUUUCUCCAAGUCUUUGCCACCAGAUACUGCCGUCGCCCAGGACAAACCCCAGGUGAAUACGUCCGAUCUGCAACAGUUUCGGACGCCAUACACUCAGUGGGCCAGACGAUGGCCAGCAUGGGGGCCAGGGAUGCUCGGAAAGACAGCACGGGUGCCAUUGACUUCCGCUUAA